UGUGUGCGUUACGUUGUGUGAACCAUAGGGUUGCCCUUUUGCAAUGGGUGAUUUGAUGAAAUUUGUUCGACAGCAGUUUUUCGAUAACAACUGGACCAAAUCUAUUGACCCAGAUUCUCUCAAUGAGGAGAAGCUGUAUUGUAUCGAUGCAUCUUUCAGCCAUAUGGAUGUUAAAUCUAAGCUAUGUUUGCUCUUAGCUUUCAGCAACAUGAAGCCAAGUAAAGUGCCACAGAUUAAUAAACACAUAGAAAACAUAUUUCUCCAAGCUCUGGAUGAAGAGAACAAUCUUGUUAAAGCUGUCGCUACGAUCUUACACAGUAAACAAACCCUUAACUAUCUUAAUUUUGAUAUAUCUCCCACUAACGAAGCUUUUGGGAAGAAUAUAGAUAAACUACUAAAAAGCGCUAAUAAUUGGAAUACUGUAGACACCCCACUACUGGCAGAAUAUUUGGGUCGUAAUGUUUUAGACAAACUUCUUGGUUCGAAAGGAAAUGCUAAACCUUCAGUCAAUCCUUCAAACUGUGGUUUUCAACGGCGUGGAAAACUGGAAUCAGAACACUUGAAAGAAUCCUACCUUGAGAAGCUAAAGGACGAAUGUCAACGAAGGCGUGUUCAUGUCCCAAUACCUGGGAGAAGCUUUGCUCGUCAAGAUGAAACAGAAGAUUCUGUUGCUCUUGGUUUGGUGAAUAAUCCAGGAAAUUCAGUUACUCCGUCACAGUCGGAUUCUACUUCACUUUCUAGGCGCAAAAGUACCUUUCCACGUAUAUCUGGUCAAAGUUCUGAUGAUCAAGACUCAAAACGAUCUUUGGCAUGGACUCGUGCUAAUUUAAAUAAAACUGGAAACAACAUCGAAAAUAGACCUAUUUCUACAAACGACAGAAUCAGUAGUCGGAGUUCUGUUGUAGCAGGUGCGAAAAAGCAGUCAGGAAUAAAAUUGCUAGAGUUCGAUGAACUACCUGCUUUUGGACCAAAAGCUAAACAACUUCGGAAAGAAAAAGAGCGCGAAACAAAACUAAAACUUAAACAAGAAAAGGAAGAACGAGCUCGUGAGAAUAAGGCUGCGCGAGAAGCCUCCAAAUUAGCUCGUCAAUCGGAACGACAGGCUUUACUUGAAGCUCGUAGACAAAAUGUGUCCAUUCCACCUUUAUGGCAAAAUAAUCCUCAACAGUUCUCGGAAAAUAAAACUGGAAUUCAAAGAAUGUCGAUUAACUCCACUCCUGAAUUCAUGGAGUAUGGUUCAGGUGCCUUUGAAUCUAAACCAUCAUUUACAGUUUUGUCGAAAACUUUCUCUCAAGAUUUAUUACACAAAACGGAACUCAAUAAUCGUGGUCAAUUCCCACCUCAUUUUACAAAUUCAACUUCAAACGUUCAAAAUCGUCUUAUAUCCCCUCAAAUCAAUCCUGAUAUUAAACCAGUCAUUCACCAUCCACUUCUGUCUGCAUCUGUCCCUGUUAGUUCCAACAAUAAUGCAAUGUACGUUGAAGAAGAAGAUGAUGAUGAUGACGAUGAUGACAUGUUACAGAAUGGUGAAUCUGGAGUGUACAGUCUUGGAUUUCCUAAAACCUUUAUGCAGUCUAACAGUUUCCAAUCUGGUCCUAUGAAUUCAUUUGCCGGGAUUCACUCAUUAAAUCCCCAGUCACAAUCAGUCAGUAAUAUGCCGAUCUCCAACUUAGGACAGACUCAUUUUGUCCAAUGUCUUCCUUCAAAUUAUUCCACUGUUACUUUCUCCUCUCCUGUAUCACAAACACCCAGUACAUCUGCGAGUCAUAUCAGGCUUAUCCGACCCAAUAUUUCACAACCGAAUUCAGGUGGGGUUGUUAAAGUUAUGAAUACUCCAUCUGAUUCACCGGUUCGAAUUAUUUGUGUAAUGGAUCCUUCUAAAACUGCACCAAAUACUGCUAUAUUACAAUCUGGAAAACCGUUAAAUAUUGAUAUGUCACAAGGAAAAAAUAUACAGAGUGAAAAUACCAAUCGUGAUGUGUCGAAUAAUUUUUCAAAAUCGUCGGAACUCACGUCUCCUGUAUCAUCUACUGCUGUCUCUCAAGUAUUAUCUCCUCAGCAAGUUGUAUCCGUCCCUUCAGAAUCAGUUCCUUGUAAGAUUAUCAACAGUACCAUUCCAAUUUUACGUCCAAAACCUAAUCCAAGUAAUCCAUUAGUAUGUAUUGCUCCUCGUUCAAAUCGUGUAAUUCAAAUCAAUUCUACAAAUAAUAACAUUAGUGAAAAUGCAGUUACUUCUCAAUCAAUUAACAAUUCUUCAGAAAGUAAUAAAAUCUACUUAUCAUCAUCAUCAUAUCCUAUGCAACAACAAACAUCAGUGAAUUUAAUUAGACCAUCUAAUUCCACUGUUGUUAUUGAUAAUAAACCUGUUGUAUUUGCAUCAACUCCAACACGUUUAACUUCACCACAAAUUCAAUCUCAACGAUCUCAGCCUAUGCAACGAUUCAGUGUUAUAGCACCAAAACCAACUGUUCAGCCACCAGUGAGUCAAACCUAUGUUCAGAUACUACCUCGACCUACAGUGACAACCAUUCAAGCAGCUAGACCACCUAGUUUAACUGUAAUAAGACCAUUGAAUCAAAAUAAAAUUCAUAUGGAUGCUUCUAACUUAACACCACAAAAUACUUCUAAUCAUCAGGUUGUUGUAUCAAAUGCAUAUAAUAAUAUUAACAGCACUGGCAAUUCUAAUGUAAAUAUAUCAAAUUCCUGUGAUAUAUCUCCUGUAUCUAUUACCACAAGUCUUCCAAGCUAUAGUAUACACCUGGCGCCAACUUCAAAUACUAUUGUUUCUAAUGAAAUGAAUAUUAUACAUUCAUCACAACCUUCAUUUACACCGGUUACUGAUAAUAUGAUUAAUACAUCUACAAAUUUGUCAUCUGUGAAAAUUCAAGAUGAUUUAUGUUUAACUGAAUCACAAUUAAGUAUAGUACAAAGCUUAUUCCAAGAUGCAAAUCGUGUUACUCGACCGGAAAAAGCAAUGAUCAUAUCUUUUAUAGCUGGUUCACGAGAUAAUCCACGUCCGGAGACUGGACAGAUAACUCGUAUUCGUCUUAGUGAACAUAGAGAACGUGUUCUCAAUCAAAAUACUGGUCAAUUAAUGGAUUUAGCUGUCGAUACAUUUUUAACUAUGGAUUAUUCAACUGGAAAAUAUGAAAAAGUAAAAUGUUAUCGUAAUGAUACACCAGAAAAUCUUGUUAAUUUACCUUUGCAUAAUAGUAGUAUUUAAUGAUUGAAAUAUUAUUCUUCUGC